AUGAAGUUUGCCCUCGAACUAGAUCGGGAUCUUGUUCCAGAAUGGCGUGUCAAAUAUGUCGAUUACAAAGCCGGCAAGCAACAUAUCAAAGGAAUAUCGCGAGCUAUAAAUCGUCUAAAUGUAACUCCGCGAUCAGCACAUCCCUAUCCGAUUGAAAGGAACAGGAGUAAUACCGCAUCCUCAUUUUCACCAACUCACCAGCACCCUUCAUUAUUUCAAACUCUCGAUGAUUUUAAUAUUGGUCCAACGAGCCAUAAUGGGGCGGAGGACCAACCCAAGAUCCAGAAAAUGAUAUCUCCCCUAACCUCCCCGCCCGUUAGAUCAUUUCCAAGCUCUACAUGCCCUCCCGUACAAGGAAAUAUUGUCAUAAGCAGUCCUGUAGAGAAAAAUAUAAAUCAUGAUACUACAACACUUAUCAUGUAUCCGCAAGGACCCUACAAUUCACCAACGGGAGAGGAUGGAAAAUUUUACAACUUCAGAAGUCGGAUGCCAGAUAGUCCAAAGUCGUUUCUUAGCACAAUGUUUUCUGUAGGGGCACCACUUUCCAUAUCCGAGUCUCGUCGGACAGACGCAGACAUUGGUGCACAUGAUCUUCUACGGCAUCGGCAAAACGAAUUUUUCAAGUGGAUGGAAUUAGAGCUGGAGAAAGUUGAGACAUUUUAUAAAGCCAAGGAACAGGAAGCAAAUGCUCUUCUCUCGGUCUUAAGGAUACAGCUGUGUGAGAUGGAAACCCGAAGAAUAUACGAACUAGCUCGGGCGCGAAACCUUAGUGCCUUCAGUCAGGACGUUGCUAGUGAUGAUAAAUCUGGCAAACUUUCGAAAAAUUCAUCAGCGGAGAGAAAACCAAUGUCAUCCAAAUCUCGAGGUCGGCUUGGGGCAUUGCUUGACCCAAUUGGGAAAGUAAUCGGAGGAGCAAGACUACUCCUAUCUGGUACAAGGCUUCGUGCGAACCCAAAGGCACCCCAGGAUCCGAAUAAUCCCUCUUACAGCCAUCCAGAUUCGAAAGCUGGGAUAGAGACUAACGCUGAAACCCUAAAAAGGCCACAAUUUUCUGGUAAUGUUCCAUAUCGUACAGCGAAAAGAAAAUUAAAGCGUGCACUUCUUGAGUCGUACCGAGGCAUGGAGUUAUUAAAGUCAUAUGCAUUACUUAAUUGUACCGCCUUUAAAAAAAUACAAAAAAAAUAUACCAAGGCUGUUGAUGCACCACAUCGCCUGUUUAAUUUAUCCGAGAAAGUAAAUCGUGCUUGGUUUGUGCAGAGUCAAGAGCUCGAUACACAAAUCCAUUCUGCCAUAGAUCUUUACGCUAAAUAUUUCGAACAUGGCCACCACAAAGUUGCUUAUGGAAAGUUGAGAAGAUCAUUAGCACGACGAGCUUAUGAAUCAGCACACGCGUUCCGGAAUGGUCUCCUGUUUGGAAUUGGAACCGUUUUUUCUAUACAAGGAGUGAUAUCGGCACAGACUAUGACUAGAAGUCCAGAUCCACUUAUCCGGACACAAACAGGUUUCUUGCUGCAAAUAUAUGCAGGCUAUUUUCUCAUAUUAUACCUUUUCGCAUUUUUUUGUGUAGAUUGCUGUAUUUGGACACGAAAUAGAAUCAAUUACCAGUUUGUGUUCGAAUUCGAUCCCAGAUGCACGGUGGAUUGGAGAGAAUUGGCAGAAUUUCCUUCUGUCUUACUCACAUUGAUGGGUUCAUUUCUCUGGCUCAAUUUCUCUGGAGUCGGUAGUCAAGUGAUGUAUAUAUAUUAUCCUGUCUUACUUAUAUUUUUCACGGUUCUUCUAAUAUUUCUACCUGCACCAAUCAUAUUUCAUCGAGGCAGAAAAUGGUUUGCAUACUCACAUUGGCGCCUACUAUUAGCUGGAUUUUAUCCAGUAGAAUUUCGGGAUUUCUUUCUAGGAGAUAUGUACUGCUCGCUCACCUAUUCUAUGGCUAAUAUCGAGUUAUUUUUUUGUUUAUACUCACGCCACUGGACUGAUAACACUUGGAAAUGUGGCUCUUCUCAUUCUCAUCUUCUUGGAUUUUUCACUAUCAUUCCGGGUUUAUGGCGCGCUUUACAGUGCUUAAGACGAUACUAUGACACCCGCGACGUAUUCCCUCACCUGGUCAACUGUGGAAAAUAUUUUUCGACUGUUGCAUUCUACACUGGUCUCUCACUCUACAGAAUUAACCAUUCAAAGUCUAGACUUGCCUUUUUUCUAGUUGUCGCCAUUCUCAAUUCAAUUUACGUUUCAGUAUGGGAUGUCUUGAUGGAUUGGUCCCUGCUACAACCGAAUGCCAAAAAUCGUUUCCUUCGUAACGUUCGUGGAUACAAGAGUGUAUGGUGGUAUUAUGCAGCAAUGAUUCUAAAUCCUAUCUUGAGAUUCAACUGGAUCAUUUACACUAUAUACACUGAUAUUCUGGGUCAUAGUACACUAGCAACAUUUCUUGUAGCUUUAUCUGAAGUGACGCGUCGAGGUAUAUGGGUUAUUUUUCGGGUCGAAAAUGAGCAUUGUUCAAACGUUGCUCGUGUCAAGGCCUCCCGCGAUGUACCUCUACCAUAUAUAACUUGCGGCGAACUAGCCAACAUAGAUGAGACAGAGGAAACUGCAGUAGAUCAUAUUGGCGAAUCAACAGCUGUGGAGACUCUGGAAGCAUCCCGCUCGAACGGCAGUAAUUAUAUACGGCGGGGUUUUACGAAAAUUAUGGCCGACGCUCAUACACAAGAUUUUGAAAAAAAACACAAAACUAUUGGAAGUCCAAGUAUAGUUGAACCGGAUCUACCAGAUGAUAGUAGUAGUGAUGAUGAUGAAGAUGAAGAUGAAUCAAAUCAUGAGAAAGAAAAGCAGGUAGUCAUGGGAAUGGCAUCUUUGCUACUGGAGCGAAGAAAUGGCGCAAGGGAAUCAAUUUCUGAGGAAACCGGCGUUGAGAAUCAUGAAAUGUAUAUGAGUAAAGCCUGA